CCCACCAACCACUCAAUUCCCUGUGUUCUAGCACCUUCUUCCCCCAAGCACCGGCCGCCGGCCGGCGGGCAGCAGCCAUCUCUGCCCUCCUCCUCUCCCUCCUGCUCCUGUAUAAAUAGCAGCAGCAUGCUGCUGCAGCAGCAAGCAAGCAAUUCCAUCAACCAACAUCGUUUGUAGAUUUUGCAGCGUUGGGUACAGACCCAAUCAAGAACAAGAAGCUAGCAGAGCAACUGAGCAAGCGAUGGCGCCGCCCAAGGUGUACGGAUGGGCGAUCUCUCCGUUCGUGUCGCGCGCGUUGCUGGCCCUCGAGGAGGCCGGCGUCGACUACGAGCUCGUCCCCAUGAGCCGCCCGGACGGCGACCACCGCCGCCCGGAGCACCUCGCCAGAAACCCUUUCGGUCAGGUGCCAGUUCUUGAGGACGGCGACCUCACGCUCUUCGAGUCCCGGGCGAUCGCGAGGCACGUCUUCCGCAAGCACAAGCCGGAGCUCCUGGGCGCCGGCAGCCUGGAGCGGUCGGCGAUGGUGGACGUGUGGCUGGAGGUGGAGGCGCACCAGCUGACCCCGGCGGCGGCCCCCGUCGUGGUGGAGUGCGUCUUCGCGCCGUUCCUCGGCCGCGCGCGCAACCAGGCGGCCGUCGACGAGAACCUCGGGAAGCUGCGGAAGGUGCUGGAGGUGUACGAGGCGCGGCUGGCGCAGAGCAGGUACCUCGCCGGCGACUUCCUCAGCGCCGCCGACCUCAGCCACUUCACCAUCAUGCACUACUUCAUGGCCACCGAGUACGCGGCGGUCGUGGAGGCGCUCCCGCACGUGAGGGCGUGGUGGGAGGAGCUCGCCGCGCGGCCGGCGGCGAGGAAGGUGGCGGAGUUCAUGCCGGUCGGCGCUGGGCCGGCCAAGAAAGACGAGUGACCACCGAUCAAGUUGUGGUGGUGUUGUGCUUAAUUUCCCGUCGUGCGGGUUUCUACUUCUAUCCUUGUAAUAAAAUGCAGCUGCUUUCAGCGUUCAUAAUUCACAGAAAUCUUGUCCUGGACCACGAUAAGGAUACAUUUAAUUUUGAGAUCAA